CAUGACUGCUCUGAAAACACAAACACAGACGUCAUGUGAUUUCUCUAUUCCGCAUCGCAGUUUCAAACAUGUCGAUGAUUAAAACACAUUUAAUCUGUUCGGCGCUGUUUGUUGUGUUCGGUUGUGCGUUUGCAUUCCUGGGAAAUGGAGAGAAAUUCCGACGGAAGGUCACUGUAGAACUGAACCCUGGAUUGAAGCCCCCCUCCACACUGCCCCCUGGAGUCGGUCUGGUGCAUGUGCGAGCACUGGGGGACAAUGACACACUUCAUUUCUUUCUUUAUAAUCAUGGAGCCCCAACAGUGCUGCUGGUCCACAGUAACAGCACAGAAUCAACAGUGCAGGUGGACUGGCCUGAGUUUAUAAACCGCAGUUCAUCAGGCAGCCUGAAGGUGGAGCCAGAGAGAAGCGUGCAGUACAGCCGCGCACUAGUUUUCACAAGGCUCUGGGAGUACAGUGAUGUCAAUAACACGGCUGACCCACAGCAUACUGCCGAGUCAAGUUUUUACCCUCCUUACGAGCUCCAGAACUUCACCUGGUCAGGUUUGAACGCAUCUGUCAACCAAUCCGACCACACGGUAACGUUCUGCGGAGGUGAUGAAACCGCCAGUUUCAUCAACGGCUCCCUCUGUCUGCAGUUCUCAGCGUUUGAGUCAGAAGGUCGCCCGUCAGCGUGGCCGAGCCUCCGCCAUAACGCAAACUGCAGCCAGCUCCACGUGUGGUUGGACGGCGUGACGCCGCGAGCCAAUUACUCGCGAUUCUCUCUGGAGCUCCAGACUGUUGGCGACUCUGGAUUCCAGGGAAGAGUAGAUGUUCGUAGCUCCAUCGAUGAUGAAUACACUCCCUCCAUUUUUAAGGUGUCACAGUGGGUCUCGUCUCCGGUCAACACCAGCACUGUUUGGGGCUACACGCAGUGGAAACCUGUUGCGUAUCGCAAACCCAAACCCGUGUUUGAGGACGCCACACCCUGCAUGCACUCUGAACCCGUUUCCAUGACCCAGCUCCCUCAGUCUGGUCUGGUUCAGGCGUAUUUCAAAGAUUCUCAUACGUACGGGCUGAACAUAAGCUUCGGAAUCGCUGGAGACCCGUUUUACAACGUAACCAAUUACCUCAGCUGGACUGUUUUAAUGGGCAUGGGCGAACCACCGGUCGACUCAUUCUCCACGUUAAUCAUUGCCAUCAUGGCUGUUGGACUCGGCACUCCAUUGGUGAUUGUUAUCGUGGGUGGAGUUUAUAUUUUGAUCCGAAAGAGGACGUCGCAAUCAACGGGAUAUGAGCCAAUCAACUGAGACAUUAUGGCACAAGCUCCGCCCCCAUGCACUUACUGACUAAUCGACAGUCAGGUGGGCAUGACAGAGACCGAGUGGCCAAUUAGAUUGUCAGUGUGCACGUUACUGAUAAACUCUAUGAUAGAUCUCUGGAUUGGCCAAUCAGAGUGUGGCGUUCCAGUUCUGAGGAUCCCUCCUGUAUUAAUGUUGUUUGAUUUAGACAUGUUAUGUAUUGGAUUUUAUGUGUUGACAUUUUUUACACCUACAAACUGAUUUGACGAUAGAUCACAAAACAAAACUACAGUGUUAUUUGAUUUCAUUUUGUUUUUACAGCGUAAUUUUCCAUACGUGAUUUUUGCUUGUUGUAAAAUCAUAUACAGUAUAUUGGCCAGAUAACUGACUGUUGAAAAUUGCACACAUUUUUAAGACUUAAUGAUCAUUUUCUCUUUAAUCCUCAAAUAUAUAUACGCAGAAUUUAAUAACUGAAAUGCCUUUCUGAUUUUUCAGGGAUUUGGACCGUUAGGCUUCAGUUUAGAACAUUUCGAUGAAUUAAAUAUGUUUAUUAUUUUCUCUCUGUGUAAUAUUACGCAUCAGUUAUUUUUAAGAGAAUUGUAAUAUAGGGGAGUUUAUUAAAUAAACAUUUGACUCAUAAAUGUUUGGAGGAAACUGCAUAUUACUGUUCUUGCUUCCCUGAAUGACUUUUUCAAAUGUAAAUAUAGUUUUAAAAGCUGCAAUAAUCAUCUUUUUCUCGAAAUAAAUUCUUCCUCGCCCCUCUCGUGAACUGAA